UUAAGAGAUACAAGCUAAGUAAUCUUUUCAAAAACCGAAAGCUAACUCCUACAUCCACCAUCCUCACCACUCAUCUCUAGCUAACGAAAAUGAACAAUCUACUUGUUUUCUUCAUCUUCUCCCUCUUAGCCAUUCUCUCUCAUGCCAUUGAGCUCGACUUUUGUGUUGGAGAUCUUAGUCUGCCUAGGGGACCACAAGGCUAUGCUUGCAAAAAUCCUGCUACAGUUACAACAGAUGAUUUUGUUUACACUGGUUUUCGUGGUGAAAAAGCUACCACAAAUAUUUUUCGAAAUAAUGUGACCCUAGCAUCUGCUAAUGCAUACCCAGCAUUAAAUGGCUUGGGUAUCUCCAUGGGAAGGUUAGAAUUUGGUGUAGGAGGAGUUAUCCCGCUACACUCACAUCGUACAUCUGAAGUUAUUAUCGUGAUAAGCGGUACAAUCAUUGCAGGUUUUAUUGACACGAACAAUAGAGCAUAUUACAAGAGGUUAGAGGUUGGUGAUGUCAUGAUCUUCCCACAAGCCAUGCUUCAUUUUCAGGUUAAUGUUGGUAGAACUUCGGCUACUGCAUUUGUUAGUUUAAACGGCGCUAACCCAGGAUUUCAACUCACUACUCCCUCCUUGUUUGCUGGUAACUUGCCUGCUCAAAUUGCUGAACAAAUCACACUCUUAAGCCAUGAUGAAGUAAUGCGAUUGAAGAGAGCCUUCGGCACAGCUUAAUAUGAAUGUGCUGUAUUAUUCUUUGAUUUAUUCCACAUUGCAUGAUUUUUUUCUUUAAUUUUAAGCAUGAUGUAUUCAGAAUCCAAUGAAUUUGAAACAUUUUAAUAAACAAUGCUCCUUUGAAUUACUCUUGGAGCUUUUCUAAA